AUGUGGAACCUGUGGAUAAAGAGAGCUGACUGUAUGGAGACCCAGGUGGCCUCUCUUGAGAACCAGAGCACAGGCGGCAGAUUGACCUGGAGCAGCAUGAAGCAGAGCUGGGGACUGAAGCUGUUCUUCCUGGGAGCCGUGGUCCUCAUAGAGGCUGAUUCAUGUCCCUCCACAGCAUGCGGGCAGCGAGGCCCUGGUCCCCCUGAGCCUCAGGAGGGAAACACGGUGCCUGGCGAGUGGCCAUGGCAGGCCAGCGUGAGGAGGCAGGGCAUCCACAUCUGCAGUGGGUCCCUGGUGGCAGACACCUGGGUCCUCACUGCAGCCCACUGCUUUGAAAAGGAGGCAAUGACAGAACUGAACUCCUGGUCAGUUGUCCUGGGUUCUCUGCAGCAUGAAGGUCUGAGCCCAGGGGCUGAGGAGGUGGGGGUAACAGCUCUGCAGCUGCCCAGGGCCUACAACCACUACAGCCAGGGUUCAGACCUGGCCCUGCUCCGGCUCGCCCACCCCGUGGCCCACACACCUCUCUGCUUGCCCCGACCUGCCCAUCGCUUCCCCUUUGGGACUUCCUGCUGGGCCACUGGCUGGGAUCAGGACACCAAUGAAGCUCCCAGGACCCUACGGAAUCUGCGCCUGCGUCUAAUCAGCCGCCCCACGUGUAACUGUCUCUACAACCGCCUACACCAGCGGUCACUGGCCAGUCCGGCCCGGCCCGGGAUGCUGUGUGGGGGUCCCCAGCCUGGGAUGCAGGGGCCCUGUCAGGGAGAUUCCGGGGGUCCUGUGCUGUGCCGCGAACCUGAUGGACACUGGGUUCAAGCUGGGAUCAUCAGUUUUGCAUCAAGCUGUGCCCGGGAAGACACUCCUGUGCUGCUGACCAACAUGGCUGCUCACAGCUCCUGGUUGCAGGCUCGAGCUCAGGGGGCAGCCUUCCUAACCCAGAACCCAGAGACCCCGGAGAUCAGUGAUGAGGACAGCUGUGUAGCCUGUGGAUCUCUGAGGAGAGAAGGCCCUCAGGCGGGAGCUCCCUCCCCGUGGCCCUGGGACGCUAGGCUGAAGCACCAAGGGAAGCUAGCUUGCGGUGGAGCCCUGGUGUCAGAGGAGGUGGUGCUGACUGCUGCCCACUGCUUCAUUGGGCGCCAGACCCCAGAGGAAUGGACGGUAGGCCUUGGGGUUGGCCCAGAGGAGUCGGGCCUGAAGCAAGUCAUCCUGCAUGGGGCGUAUACCCACCCGGAGGGGGGCUAUGACGUGGCCCUCCUGCUGUUGGCCCAGCCUGUAACCCUGGGCCCCAGCCUGCGGCCCCUCUGCCUGCCCUACUCGGACCACCACCUGCCUGAUGGGGAACGCGGCUGGGUCCUAGGGCUGGCCCGCCAAGGAGCAGACACCAGCUACCCUCAGACAGUGCCUGUGACCCUCCUGGGGCCCAGGGCCUGUAGCCGCCUGCAUGCAGCCCUCGGGAGCACUAGCAUUCUGCCGGGGAUGGUGUGUACCAGUGUUGUGGGCGAGCCGCCCGGCUGUGAGGGCCUGUCGGGGGCACCGCUGGUGCACGAGGUGAGGGGCACAUGGUUCCUGGCUGGGCUGCACAGCUUCGGAGAUGCCUGCCAAGGCCCCGCAAGACCUGCUGUCUUUGCAGCACUCCCCACCUAUGAGAACUGGGUCAGCAGUUUGGACUGGCAGGUCUACUUCGCUGAGGAGCCCGAGCCCGAGCCUGAGCCCAGAAGCUGCGCGGCUAACAUGAGCCAGCCAACCAACUGCUGA